GAUAUCAUCUGUGUGGUAUCUCAAAAAAUUUUGCAUAUUUCUUACUAUGCUAGCCUUGGUUUUGAUGGUGCUGCUUUUAGAAGUUUCCUCAAAGCUUGCUGAGAAGCUCAGGCUCAGAAGAGAGUGAACAAAUUAUACAGAUUUUAGGAGGAAAGCAGGGGAAAUUGAAUACAUUCUGCAUUUUCAACGAGCGAUACCAGGGGACUUCACAGCGAGGAGUGCCUGACCCAAGCGAGCGGGCAGAGCUGUGGUGCUCCCCUGCCAGGCACGUACAGAAGCCCUGCCAAGGAAGGGGUAUGUGAGAGCUGGUGUGCUGCUCUUGAGAAGCUCUUGCACCAGGUACAAAAGAAAUUCCAGGGAGAAGAGCUUUUUCCCCUCAGGAAGCAGGUGUGACUCCCAGGUAGCCAGGACCCUUUGCCAGGAGGACUUGCCACCCAAUCCUCCUCAAUUUCACCAUAGGAACCAGCUCUUCCUUCCAAAAAGUAGCCCAUGGAGGAAGUGAGGCCUUCACUUCUGCCCAGGCUUACUCAACAGCUCUGGGGUCAGAGUGUCCCUGGAAAUCACUUUCUAUUUCUGCCCAAGGUCUGAAUUUUUUGUACUACAUAUUUGAGCAAACUUCCCUUGGAAUCCACUAAGGUGGCACACAGGCUCCUGAUCUUCUCUUUGUGACAAAAAAAAAGGUUCACUUUAAGAGGAGCAAUAGAAAAACAUCUUGGCCAAUAUUCUUCUUGGGAGUUGAGAGACUUUCCUGUAAAGGAGUAAAACUGGGUUCACAAUCCAUUUAAAUAAGGAAGGGAUAUGAUUCAACAUCUCCCACAUCCUGGUUGAGCAAUCUAAACAAAAAAGCACCAGACCAUCUAACUAGCCAUCUGAAGGAAAAAAUUAGUUGGACCUCUACCACUCAGAUCCUCUGGUGAUGGGACCAAAGUCUUUAUAGCUAACCUGGCCCCCAGGACACUUUUGCUUCAAGAACAGCAGUGUGGCAAGAGUGACUAUUACAGAUCCAGCACAAUCUAUUAACCCUAUUAUAGUGUGCUAGGAUGCAAUUAGAAAGGGCUCCUGCUAUGGUAAGUAGGUUCCCUUGCACAAAUUCAGUUUAGAAUAAUAAAGAAGUUUGCUAGAACUCACCCAGCAAGGAAGAAAGACUCAAAUACCCCAAUGUGCAAGGCAAUUUCUGAGUAGUGAUACUCAGUUUUCUCAACAAAAUGGUAUGACCAAAGUGGCAAACUCCAUAGCAGCUUCACUGUGUCACUACAGGAUCCUUGAGCUAGAAAACCUCUAUGAAAGCACGCAACACUACUUGAAGGUGCACUCUGCAUUUUGGUUUUCCAGAUUCCCAUCCGCUAAGAGAAACUUCCAACACAUUUGAAGUGCUAUUGAAAAGUUAUCUCCCAAAAGGAAUGUACUGAAGCCUUGCAUCUCAUUCUAACAAUGGAGUUACAAUACUUUUACCACUGAUACUAUCCAGUUUCUGCUCUGACUACAGAGAGAAACCACUGCUUUCCAGGAAAAAAACAUAAAAAUUUCAUUAAAUGACUUGGCUUAUGCGUAGGUAAUUUACAAAGUCACAAAGACAAUCACCAGGAAAAGCAGAAAGAGAACGCAAGAGAAUGCACGGCUAAAUGUCAAACCAAGUGAAACAAUAGUCUGAUAAUGAGAUUAUGGGCACAAAAACAUUGGGCAUGGACAAGGGUAAACACAGUUAGAUUUACAGAUGUCUCAUGGAACAACACAUGAGCUUUUAUUUAAGAGUGAAAUAGAUCCUCUUUGCUGAGGUGAGCUAGAGUUGGUAUGCAUUCAUGUGUGGGAUUAUAAACAUUGGCACUCUUCAGUUUCCUUUGGCAUUGAGCAAGUUCCUUGGAGGGAAAACCCCACUUUUGAAUGCUUUGUAAAACACAAUCUACAUCUAAUGUACCAUAUUAAAAAUGGUAAACAAUAAAGAUAAAUACUUACACCAUUCAGUACCUCCCAGACACUCAGGCUCCCCAGUGAUCUCUUUUCAGCAUGGCCAUCUUCUCUGGUGACUGAAAUACCUCACUCUUCUUCAUCAUAUAACUUCUUUGAAUUAUCAUCUUUCAUGCUUAGAAAGCAAGCUCAAUGGGAACUGAGAAGUUCCUUAAACACAAGUGAAACUUGCAGUCAAUUAAUUUUAAAAAACAGACAUUUCUUUUAGAAGUACAGCCCUACAACAGCUCAAAACACAAUGCUGACAAAAUGGCAUCCCUGUCAAAACAGUGUUUUGUCCUUGUGAGUGAUGCUCACAAAACAAGCCAGGUAACAGCAUGCUACUUGUGAAAAACCCAAGGCCAUCAGUAUUUCUAACUUGACCAGCCAGCUCUCUGCUCUGGUGUCUCAAGCACCCCUAAAAGAGGCACCACUCACCCCAGCAGGCACACUGUGCUGUGAUGGAGAGAAAGCAACAGCUGCCUUCCUUCCAUGAGAAAAGUUCAUCAAAUUUCUUCCUUAUGUCAUUUAACAGUGCAGUCACAGAAGCAAAGUGCUCCUAGUGAAAAUCUAGUUUCACUGUCAGGUGCCAAAAUAUUUCCAUUGAAGCAUUAAAAUGCCUGCAAUCAUUUUGACUUGAAGGACAUGUAGCAUUAGAUGUGUCUUGCAGCAUCCAGAUAUUCCCCAAGACCCUUAUAUCUAGGACCUCUUUCACCAAGGACUGCAUGGCUGGAAGUUGUUGUCUGCCAGAAGUUGGCUAGAGAAGUCCAUAGCAUUAUUUAUCUUCUUGAAAUUAAGCAGAUAAAGCUGAAAACCAGGACAUAAUUUAAAGGUAAGUAAAAUUUUUUCCUCUAAACCUGUAAUCUAGCUUAAGGCAAGGAAAUUCAUGGUACUUGCAUAUGAUGCACUCAAGAAAAAAAAUCAAGUCUUACUACACAUCUUAGCCUUUUUUAAGAAUGAUGCAAGUCUUCUUUUAGGAAAGAAAAGUGAGCAAUCCCCAAAGCUUUUCACAAAAAAAAUCCCCCAAAAACUUUGAAGUUACUUGGCAAAAAACCAACAGAGAAGGAAAGAACUUGCCAAGCCACAAAAAGUGAUGGGCCGUUAGUAAAGUGCACCAGGACUCUUUGGUGACAUGCAGCUUGUCAAAGCAAUGUUUGCUUAUGAGAAACAAGAACACGGGGUAUUACUGACCUGCUCAACCUGUUCACUUCAAAUACAGCACAGGGCAGCUUGGUUUGACAUUACAAAGAACUCUUACACUCUUUACAAGCUCUGUAGGAAUUCGAGUUCCCUUGUUAGAAGCUAUGAAGAAUUCAACCAAAAAAAAUGUCAGGGGAAUCAGACAGCUUUCCUCCUCAUUCAAAAUGUUUGGAAGUUAUUUGCUUAGUGAUUGUCAUGAUCCCAUUUACAACUAUUGGUAUUUUCUUCCACACACAAUCCAACACUCCUAUGGAAGAACACCACAUUUUCAGUUGUAUUUCUUCUCCUACUACCAACAGUACUAUUUUAAGUCAUAAUCCCCAAAUAAACAUUACUGGUUUUUUGACUACUGUAAAAUAAUGGAGAUUAUUAGAUAGAAAAAUGAUAGUCAAACCAAACACACAGAUUGGAGUGGAACUUACUGCACCCUAGUAAUUCUACUUCAUUGAAAGACCAUAUUUUUCCAUGUAAGAAUGCCAUUUAUGUUUGACUCACAACACUCAGCAAGCAAGGUCUCCUGCUGCUGCCAAUGGCACUGGGUUUUGCCCCUGCACAUGGAAGGGCUCCUUGCAGACACGUGCCUGGUGGCUGACAGAGGAGGAAAGACAAGUUUUGACCAUGACAGCUCUGGCAGCUUGUUGAAUUCUUCAGUGGUAAUAGCAUUUCCGUGUUAUCAUCCACCUCUCCUGAAAACAGGCUCCUUUCUGCAAACCUCCCAGGUUAUCAAGAGCAAAAGUGGCAGAGACUUGCUCCCAGGCAGACCAGUUCUAGAAGAAAGAACCUUUUCCAGAAUGGGUCAGUGAGUUGCACAUUGAUCCUAGAAAACACACAUGGGAUGAUCCUGGGUUGGCUGUAACUUGACUGGAACCUGGAACAAUCUUCAUGUGUGACAAUUGGAGAGGAGAGAUUUUUUUACAACGUUCAGAAAUGGUCUCUCUGCUCCUCCAGAAAUGUGCAGUAGUAGUGCUUAUUUCUCAGAUAGAAGAAAAAGUUGGUUAAACACUCAGAAUUUCUGAAAUCCCACUUUAGGAAGUUUUUACAUACCAGUAUGCAGCCAUCUUGUUGACAGUAUAAAUGAAAAUACAAAGAAAAAAUUUGUACAAUGAAAUACAGUGCAAUAGAAAUAAAAGAAUGCAAGAACAGUAAUCUACAGUAUUACAAAGAUGCUAUGCAGGAAAGAAAUUCCUUGGCAUCUAGAAACUAUGCCUCAGAGUCUGAGUUAUAAUAUUCCUACAUUUUAAGUACCAGGAUCUCCUGAUCUGUAGGUAAGUCAUGAGCAAGCACUGUUUGUUCAGAGAUUAUUAAAUUUUGAACAACGUGACUACUGAUGAAUCAGUGAUAUUCAGUGCCAUACAGUGCCAACUAAUUAGUAAUGCAGUGCAGAUCUCCUUUACACCCUCCCCAAAAUCUAACCAUUAUUACAGAGAGAUCAGUGCAAAAGUAUUUCUUCUAUGUACAGUACCAAUUAAAUAAGUGAUUUUCCAUAAGAAACUGUCCAAAGCAAUACAAGUAUUCUAAUGCCAUUGUGUAAAUUCCAGUUCCUUCUUCCCUUGAAUGCUAUGCUUUGUCCUAGAUUAUCAAAUGGAGUUUCUAAGCCAUUAAUGAGCACCUUUCACUGGAGCAUGUAAGUAUAUUCUGUACUUCUGAAAAGUCACAUGGACAUUCAUAUAAAAAAAAGUAAACAAAACCCCAAAAUGAGAAAACAGUAACUGAAGGAUUAGAGACUUUUAGAUGAGGAACAGUUGAAACUUGCUUUUAUUUCACUCUGCAGAUGCAACUACACACAUCAGCAAGACUGUAUAACAGUGAUCAGCACAAAAAUGUUCUCUGAAAAUUUCUAAGGAAUAGAGACUUUCACAAUACAAUGAGUUAUUAAUAAAAUAAGUUUACAAAAUUAAGAAUUAGAGCUACAGAGAAGACAAAAUUACAGAAUGCUUGCUGAAAAAUAUUAUUAAGGAAACACAGCCUUCUACUAAGUUUUCCUCAUUUUAAGAAUAGUAUUUUCACUUAGGUUAGGUAAAGGAAAAGUUUGGCUGUCUGCAGGGAACAGCCUAUGAGUCGCCUGGCAGCGGAAGGAAAUCCCUGAGACGUACAUACAUGUGCUAUCGCAAGUGGAAAAAGAGGUAGGCAGGAGUUCCCUCCCUGAUGUAUCUGCCUGCCUCUGAUGGUUAUGCAAAAGCAAAUACCAGACUUUGAGCUCAUCUGGCCUGGCUGUUUUAAUCCUUUAGCACAUUUCAGUUGGAUCUUUUCAUUGAUAAUAGUCAAACGUACUGCUAGUGGCAUGCUUUCUUCUAUGCCUAAUGCCACAGACCUGACAUUACAGCAAAUACUGUUCUGGCAAUAUCCCCCCUGCUGCACUUGGGGACCUGGGCAGAGAUGGAUUGCUGCUGUUGAAAACUGCUCUCUCACACUUGUGUUCCAGCACUAAUAUCUCUCCACUGGGCAAAAUUACAGCAGCUGCUUUUCUGCUACUGAUAGAAAGAAACAUUCAAUAAAAAAACAGUAGUACGCUGCUUCUUUCCUGAGACUCUCUUUUCAGGCUAUGCUUAGAAAAUGAAGUAUUUGGGGUAUUUUUCAGUUUCUGCAUUGUCUCUAACACCUCUCUUACGCCCCAUGUUCUGCUCUCCCAAGUCUGUAAUCUCCUUCUAGGAGUUCCCAGUGCAGACUCUGGUCCUCCUUAUGGGAGAAAACAUUUACAAAAAAAAAAAAAAAAAGGCAGUUUGGCCAAAAUCAGUUCAAGACAUCCCAAAAGUUCAAUGUCAGCAUGCCUUAAAAAGUUUGACUCAGACUGCAUUCUACAAGAUUGAUCCCAACAGGCACACUUGCCCUGGGUGAAGAGUCCCCCUGAAAGGUUAAAAUUCCUGCAACAGGUAGGCAGAAAGAGAUAAGGCAGCAGAUAACAGGGAACCUCGUGGCAUUUCCUGCAGCCCCCCUCCCGAAGGACCUGGCUUUGGUCCAUUCAAAGCGUUUGAUGUAUUUAAUCCCACCCACAUGUGGCUCAGAGACAACUUGCGACUUGUACUACCCAGCACCUAAACACAGGCGUUUAGUUUCACAUAUACAAAUAAUAAAAAUAGCUAAAAUACAGAGAUAAAUAUACAUCAUAAGAAAUCCAUAAAACAUUAAACCACGUUAAAAUAUUAAAAUAUACGGAAGCGUAUCGCAUAUAUAACGUAUGUGUAUAUAUAGGCAGGUAUGCAUGUAUAAUUUCCAGGAAGUUGUGUUCGGCUGGAGCUGGCAGGCUCCGAGGAAAGCCGGCCCGGGGGGCUCCAGCCCCGGCCGGGACCCCGCGGGGCAGGUGAGCCGGCGGUGAGUGCGGGGAGCAGCCCGGCCCUCAAGGAGUUACGGAGCACGAUUACUUCAUGUUCCCACCGGCUGCUUUCGGCCGCCCCCCCGGCCCGUUUCACAAUCCCGGCUCUCGAGCAGUCCUGUCAAGCCCAGCGCGCUGCGAGAGCACACACCCCCCGUGUGCUUCAUGCCGGAUUUUCCCAAGGCCAUGAAUAAUCUCGAAGCCCCCUCAAUAAAUACUCGUUCAGAGAUGCCCGGAGCUCAUUCAACCCGCCAGCCUCGCCGACGACAAGGGGCCAGGGCCGGAGCCGAGAAGAAGCCGCACCAUGAAGUUUCCCCGGGACUGUGGCUGCGACCGUGCCCGCGCCGCCCGCCGCCGGCCGCCCGCCCUCCGCGCCGCGCUGCUGCUGCCGCCGCCGCUGCUACUGCUGCUGCUGGUGCCGCGGGCCGCCGCCGCCCCGCUGCCCAACGCAGACUCCUCGGGGGAGGCCGAGCUGGACGAGGCGGCGGGGCGGCGGGCGGCGCUGCCCGACAGCCUGCGGCUGGCGCGGCUGCUGCACGCCCGGGCGGCACAGCUGCAGGACGAGAUGUGCGAGAAGUUUGCCGUCUGCCAGAACAGCGUGGAAAUGCUCCUCUACAACAACCUCAACCUCCCCAAGGUGACGGAGGAAGAUGGGUGUCUGCUCGCCGGCUUUAAUGAGGAUAAAUGCUUGCGAAAAAUCUCCAGUGGGCUUUAUACAUUUCAGACAUACCUCAAAUACAUACAAGAAACUUUUAUCAGCGAAAACCAAAAUGUUGAAUCACUAUCCUAUAGCGCAGAGCACCUGGCACGUACCAUAAGACAGAUGGUGAUCAACCCCGAAGAAGUGAUCAUCCCAGAUGCAGCUACCCAGGAAUCACUCCACACAAAGCUGAAGUCCACUAAUGCCUGGACAAAGAAAAUCACCAUCCACCUCAUCCUCCGAGAUUUUACUUCAUUUAUGGAGAAGACAUGGUGAAGAUGCGCAGAUGAAAGGCACGCCUUGGAAUGUGGAUAAGGAUGUCAGCAAACUCUCCUCUUCCUCUGAGUGAUCUGAUUGUCCACAUAUGCAUUCCACCACUGGGGAUGCCAAAACAGUGACCAGUCCACCCACUGCUCACAUCUCAGAUGCUCAAAACAAACCACUGCUUUGCCCAAUAUGGUAAAACGGUCAUCUCAAGUUGAGCAACAUCUGGAGAAGGAAUGAAGAGAUCUCAAGGAGCUCUUGAAAGAUGUCUGUGGUGAACGGGUUCUCUAACAGCAUGUAAGAUCCUACUUUAACUGUCCUGGCACAUGCUCAGGAAACAUAGGAAAGCCUGGCUUGGCCUUUUCACUGCUUAUAUUCACAGGAACUUUCUUUAAGUGACCAUUUGUUCAGAGAUCUUUCUGGCCUUUAUUAUGCCAAUAAGAGCUAAAAGACCAAAGUGGAUCCCACACUGGACCUAACGUGUGAGAACAGAGAGGGAAAAAAACAAAAAAAAAAGAACAAAACCUGACCAAAAGGAAACCAUCUCAUGGUUUCACUUCUCCCAGUAGAGAGUGGAUUCCUGAGAUCACCAUUAGUUACUAUGUACACUGCAUCUAAACAAACUCACACUGAAACACCAAAAAUCAUGUAAGAAUUGGAGUGCUGAAACCUCUUGCAACUGACAGACAAGCACCAACACUUCCACCCGCACCCUGCCGCUGAUGCAAUUCUAAUUGAUGCAAUUCUAAAAUCCAGGCUGUCUGCAAUUCUAGUAAAUAUGUAAAUGCUGCCAUGUUUAAGGGUGCAGAAGAUGAGCAAAGAUUACCACUUGUUGGGUGAGGAGGUCAACUUUAAAGUCCUUCCUGGAAAAGUGUUAUCCCUGAUGGCGUCACUGAGCUGCCAUUAUUUCACCUGUGGAUCCUCCACAGCUCUCAGGGCUCUUCAAUGCAGCAGCUGCCUUGCGGGCCAUCAAUCUCCUGUCACAGUGGCAACUUCAGGGCCUGCUCCCAGGAUCAGCACCUGAAGCCAACUCUCACUGGUGCUUCUGACACACAAAAUAUUUGCAGUAGGGAAUUGAGAUGAAAUCAGAGAAGACCUAAACACUGCUAAACAUGUUACAGGGCCUCUCAAAUGAACCAGCCUAUCAUUCUUUUUCCAAUUUGCUGUGUAGAAACUAUUUUACAUCAGUAAAACACACAAAGGCAUUUAUUUAGUUGGCAGACCAGCAUAAAAAACCUAGAACAAUAAUAAAAACUGAGCAGUCCUAACUACACUCAGCAACAAUACCUCAACACUUCUGUUGAAGAGAGCUCUUCCAAACUGACAACCAACUCAAUGAGCAAAGAAAACUCCAAAAAAAAAAAAAAAAAACAAAAAACCAAGCAAAAAAAAACCCCAUUAACACAACUCAAAUUAAAAAAAAGACUUACUAAUAAUGACCUAAAAAAAUACAAAAUUACCCACCAAAGCAGCAUUUUGGCUGCUGCUGUACAGGACCAGCCUCGCCCUGCACAUCCCAGCUAGCUUUUCCCCACGUUUCCAUUCAUCCUUAGUCGUUAACCUCACACUGAGAUUCUGGAAUGCUUCACAGAUGACCAGCUCCCUUCAUCCUGAUUUUAAAUUUCCAAAGAAGGAAGAAGGUAAAACUAUGUUGAAAAGCAUGCAUACAUUACACAGUAUGCAAGAAAAGCCCACAGUAUUCAGAAACAGUGUUUAAGACGAGAAACAAAAUAACCCCAAGAGCAGCUGCUGUAACACCAGAAUGCUGGAUAAGAGAGAAAAAAACCCAAAACAACCCCGAAAAACCAAAAAGACAGAAUGCAACCUAGUAUUUAAGUCAUCUGUAAUAGAAAUGUGGAGGGGUGAGGGUAAGGGAUAGUUUCUGAAGUAUUAUUUUUCUAUUUUUUUAACCAUACUUUACUAUAUAAGAAACUUCUAAAGGAAAAAUAAAGUGAAAAACAUUUCAGCCUGACCAACUUCCCAGGCUAGAGUACCAUUCCCUACCCAGUACUGAUGUAAACACUAAAUUUUGGCAGAGAGAACUACUUGAAUGAGACUGCAUGCAUCUCUAGCGCCUCCACAGAUUUUAUCAACAUCUGAUGGUGAGAUUAGCUAAAUCAAGCUGAUGCUACAAGGGAUGGAAGAGUUACAACACCAGUAAAGCGUGGUAGCAGCAUCACUUUUCAGCAGUUAUGAGCCAGUAGGUCAGCGUAGCUUGAUGGGAAACUUCUCCCUAUGUUUGCCAUUGUUAUUUGUAACUAAUAAUAUUUUCCAACUUCAAUUUCAAAGAUAAAAUGAUGGAAAGGUAAUUAUGCAGUAGUAUACAACAAAGUCCUCAUGGGCAAGGUAUUGGCAAAAAAAAAGACAUAUAUAUAUAUAUACACACACACACACAACUAGAAACCUUGUGACUAAAUCCUUGCUUUUCAACUCAAAUUAUUAGAUAACAAUUUCUGAUCUCUCUCAAUGAAUUUCUUUCCUCUUCUUGAUAAGGGGAAAACCAAAACCUACCUACUCCCUUACUCUAAAAAAAUGCAACCUGUGCAGGCUUCAACCUUGAAGUACUACCUCCAUGAAUUACUAGCAAAAUCAACCAAUUUCUGUAAUUAAACAUAUUUAACCAAAUCCUCCUAUAUUUUCAAGACUCACUUUGGCAUCAGAAAACACUCCACAGAAAUUUUGCAAUCUGGAUUUCUAUUAGUGACCAGAAUCUAAGAUUCAUUCUUUCCUGAGAAAAUAAUUCCUGAGAAAAUGUUUAAAAAAACAAACAAACAUUCACAAUCAGAAUCAAAACAGUGAGAUUUGAUUUGCCCUGCGAUAUUCUUUUCCACAUAGCAGAUAAACAUUCCCUCCAUUUAACCCAUCCUCUAAUUCUGAAUUAACAUAACCAUUACCAAGAAACAAUGUAUGUAACCCACAAGCUUGACCAAGAAAUGGCUAUUGCAUCACACACCAUCACGGAAAAGUAUUCAGAAAUUGCAAUUAAGUCGUUAUUUGUAAAAAAUAAAUAAGUCAUAUGACAUUUAA